AUGCGAUCCUUCAAUGGUGGAGGUGUGUGCGGCCUCAACAGCCAGGCCGGUUAUCUCUUUGAGCGCAAGCAGAACGCGUUGCGUCAACGCAGCUUUGGACGAGCCCGGGGUAUCAUGGGCACUCCGUUGAAGCGGUCUCGCGACCAAGACAGUGAUAGCGACGAAGAAGCACAAAGGCAUCCGUGGGGCCGACAUGAACGCAGUGCGGUAAUGGACGGUAUUAAACGGAUGCGGGUCUCGUCACCAACUGACUCACCCAAGAACGACGUGGACUCAGACAUGACGGACGAGGAAGCUGUUACCCCAAGAACCACCUGGCGGGCCAACAAGGCUAUCGUUCCAGCAGCUCCCGAAGCAGGCAAGAAAAGACCGCUAGUGCUCGCCACACCAGCAGCACAGGCAGAAUUCCCAUGGAAGACAAUGCGGCACGAUGACUACAUGGCUGCUGAGCGGCCUAUUGAGAUCCCUAGCGACGCUUCUUGUCGCGCAAUGGUUGUCUUUAACCCGUACCAGUCGAUGCCAUUGUCAACAAAUCCACGGGUCGAACUCGUCGAGGACGACAAACACACAGAAACCGACACGUCGGAGAGCGAGGACGAGCACUUUGUGCGGUUCGAAGAGCUUCCAGAAGAUAACGACGAGCCUGUGGACAUGGAUGUUGACUGA